AUGGCCCAGUCGAAUCAGGGCCCCGCCAUCGUCGUGAUCCAGAAUGGGAUGGCUAGCAAAAAGAGCUGGAAGGAAUGGUACGGGUCGUCCUGGAUCCGGUACAUGGCCUUCGCAUCCGUUGCGAUGUGCAUGUACCUGCCGGACCAGGUCACCACGGUGGCUUCGAAGCACCUCACCGUCGCCCUGAACAUCCCGUCGGCGAACACCGGAGUGUACUGCACGAAGCUCUACGCCACGAAGACGCUCGUCAACUUCAUCGGUUCUUUGAUCACGGUGGGGGUGCAAAUGCUGUUCACCAAGCACAUCACCACCAUUAGCUGCAUCAGCAUGGUGUUGAUGGGCAUUACCAGGAUCGCUCUGGUUGUUUCGUUCUUCCUGCCCAACGCUGCGGUGGGAUUCUACAUCACGUUCAUCGUGCACUCGUUCGUCAGGGGGUCGUUCGAAAGCACGUUCUACCCCCUCGGCGCUGACGACAUGAGCACCAUCUCCCUCUCCUUCAAGGGGUCGAAGGUGGCGUUGUGGGCGAUCCAGGUGCUCAUGGACGUCAUCAUCGCCGAGCAGGCCACGUGGAUGAUCGCGAGCCACUUGGUCAUCAUGCUGCUGAUAACGUUAUUGGCUACUGUGGUUUGGAUCGUGCACUGCAAAUUCAAGGAUGCGCAAAGCGAAGAGUCGAAUGCAGUUGAGGAGAAGGAAGAAACAGAACAGGCUGAACACAAAGCUCAACCUGUGGCUGAAAGUGGUCAGCCAGGAAAGGGGGCAGAUGGUGGUGCAUCGGAGCCUGCGGUAAGCACUAAGCCUGCAGAAACACCAAAGCCGUUGAGUACUACUAAGCCAGCGGAAACACCGAAGCCGUUGGGAAAUGUGAAACCAGCGGAAACGCCGAAACCGGUUGCAGCAGAUACUUCAUCGGGAACGAGUGCCGAGCUAAAUGGUGCGUCGGUAUCGCAAGAUGCAUCGCCUUCUGAACCGAAGUCAUCUGAUGCUAAAACUGAGGAAAAGAAGGACGAAAAGGACGCUACGGGUGAAAAGGCGCCGUCGGCCUUCAAGGCCUUCCUGAUGCGCCUGGUUGGCAUGAGGCCGGUGAAACCCAAGGAGCACCAGCGGUGCCAAAACGGCUGCUGCAACCUGUCGGAGAAGCUGGUGGUCAAGCGGGACCUGACGAUGUGGCAGGUGAUCAGGCGGGUGAUUUCGCCGUUCUUCAUGUGCGUGUGCGGGUGGCCCCUGAAGAACUUUUUCAUCCCCGGCCUUCUGCCGUACACGCUGGUUGACCGGAGCCUGUGCCACCCGAUCAACAUCGUGCGCAUGUUCUUCACCUUCAUCGUGACGUUCGUGAUCCACUUCAUGAAGGUCAACAUCGAGUCGAUGGGGAAGCCCUGGGGGAGGGCGCCGCGUGGCUGGCACAUGGCGUGGCUCUUCUUUAUCCCCACAGUGGCCUGUAUGCCGUUCAUCUACAUCGCACUGCACUACCCGCAGGGCGUGAUCUUCCAGAGGCUGCACGACAACCCGCUGAACGUCGGCAUCCUCAGCGUCAUGAUGUCCGGCAGCACCACCAUCAUCGACACCAUGGGCUACAUCGGCAUCUCGGCGUGCUCCAAGAACGACCAGGGCGAGCGCGGAAACAACUCCGUGCGGUUCAUCGCGAUAAACUCGUUCGUCAUGCAGCUCAUCGCGUCCUUCACCUAUCGCAUGAGCGCCGGCUACCAGAUCAUCAGGAGGAAGUACGUCGACGAUGUCACGAACUCCGCGCCUACGGACGACAUGAGCUGGAUCGCCGGUCUGUGGUUCUGGAUCUCGUCGACGCUGUCGCAGUCCGGCUACGACUUCGUCCACGAGUUCGACGGUAACAUCAGGGAGUUUGUGAACGACAGCAGCCAAGUCGCCGCACCCGCGUCUUAG